AUGAGGGGAGAGAUGAGGACAGAGGUAGGGAUGAAGACAGAUGCAGGGAUAAGGACAGAGGUAGGGAUGAGUACAGAGACGGAGAUGAGUACAGAGGCAGAGAUGAGGACAGACGCAGAGAUGAGUACAGAGGCAGAGAUAAGGACAAAGGCAGAGAUGAGGACAGACGCAGAGAUGAGUACAGAGGCAGAGAUGAGGACAAAGGCAGAGAUGAGGACAGACGCAGAGAUGAGUACAGAGGCAGAGAUGAGGACAAAGGCAGAGUUGAGGGCAGAGAUGAGUACAGAGGCAGAGAUGAGUACAGAGGCAGAGAUGAGGACAGACGCAGAGACGAGGGCAGAGAUGAGGACAGAGACGGAGAUGAGGACAGACGCAGAGAUGAUGAAAGAGGCAGAGAUGAGGACAGAUACAGAGACAGGGAUGGGGACAGUGAAAAAAGGGAGACACAAGCAGGAGGCAGGGAUGUGGACCGUGUCCGCGACAGACAGAGAGAUCGGUACAGGGGAAGAGACACACAGACAUCAACAGAUAUAG